AUCAGCCCCAUCCACUAUACCAUGAUUCCACGCUUAGGAAAACGAUGGGCGAGCACAAAGAGCCCUGCGCGCAAGGGAAGAAAGGGUCACCUCUUCAAUGCCAACCAUGAGCACCCUCCCACUCCUCCCGUCGAGCUCAUGAGGCAUACCAAGCGGCGAAUUGCAAAGGCAGAGCGCGAUGAGCGCAUGGACAUCACUCUUGCCCUCACCCAGGUCAAGACGUACAUGGGAGGUUUCACCCGUCCUAGAGAUCUCAGAGCGUCUAACUGGUUCCCAGGUGGCCGUUACGGCAAAGAAAGGGUUUACGAACUUCCACCCGAGUCCGCGUACGAGCCCCACACCGUCUUCGUUCUCGAGUCUCGCUACUUGGUCAAGCAUGGGAUAGGUCGCACCGACUCUCUUGAACACAUCGUUGGCAUCUGUCGCGAAGGCGAUUUUCCCGAAAUCGCCGCCAUGUUCAACAGCUCACGUGCAACCUCAGAGGCACUGACGUCAAUGGACAAUGCGCGCUGGCCGUGGACCCGUCAGUUCAAGAUCAAAGAGACGAGGUGGUGGGCGCCAGGUGAGGACCGAGCAGAGAUCGUUCGCAAAAUGAGAGCUGGAGAGGAACUCGAGCCCGCGGAUGGAUCCGCUUCCCGAUCCUCUGAAUCAGAAUUCCCGUUGUAUAGUCUGAAACCCCAUCAGCCGCCUCCAGCGCCUCCCUCACAGGCCCGUGAAUACCACACUUCGGCACGCGACCACACAAAAGUCUACGUCUUCGAACGCCGCGAGAUGCACACCUCUCGCCCGCCCUCCGCCGCACCCAAGUCUUCACGCAUCUCCAAAGACCAGGACGAUCCGGACGCCGUCGUCCCAACGUACUACGUCGAGCGCAAAAAGCAGCGCGACUCCAUCGAAGAGCGGAAGGAGACUGAGGGCUCCCUUAUGUACGAGUUGAACGCAGGUGUCCUGUCGAAUGACAUCGCCGCUGCGCAGCUCAGGACGCGCGUGGAGAAGGUUCCUUUCGAAGUCACCGAGAUGGAUGGAACAGUGCGGCACCCGUCGGGCUUUGAGCCGCCAACGCCUGCCCAUGAGUUCCGCACUCCUCCAUUCAAGGUGCCGGCGCCGAAUGCUUUUACUGCCGAAUUGGAUCCAGAUGAGGUCAUCCCUGUCGAAGUCGAGCACCCAGAUGGCACUAUCGCGCAUCCUUCUGGCUUCGUCCCUCCAACCCCGCAGUCAAUGUUCAAGCGCGAAUUCCAUUCCUCUCCAAGAGCGCUGGCGGAAGAAGUCCACAUACCGAAUCUACCCAUCUUGCCCCCUGACGUGCUCGAAGGGGUAGAUGUACCCGUAGAGGGGCAAGAAGGUGUUGCUGCGGACGUAGUCGAUGCUGACGCUGAUGCCGAACCCCAGGAGGACGACGCAUCUGAAGAAGCUCCUGUUACCCAAUUCCCGGUGAAAGAACUUCGAGCACAGUAUAUGCCGACGCUGCGCGAUACACCAUUCUGGCGCCCGCUGAUCAGCGUGACAGUCUCAACGCGCCCCCUUGCGCUGUCACUAGCCCGUCUGUGCCGCUCGAUGCCGCGCGGACUCCCGUUCUACGCAAGCAUCACGAACGACGAUCGCAAGUGUCAUUAUUCCUUCUCCUCGCGCAUGCGCAACCUGCGGCUGAAUCGCUUACACGAGCUCUCUAUUGAGAUGGCGCGGCUGCUCAACGGUGAGCGGGGUGGGUUUGUCGGAAUGCGGUACUGCCCGAGCGACAAGGGGCGCGGGGUUGAUGGCGAGGGCCUUGCGGAACCUGUUCCUCUCGAUAAGCGCGUCAUGAAGGUCGGCGUGGGCGAGUGGUAUCCCCGCAUGCAGGAAAUCAAGGAGUUGUUCAACGCCUCUGCGCAGGCCGCAGGGGUCAAUGCAAUGGAAACGUUCGCGCUGGACGAAAAGUGCAAUCCGCUGGACGCAGAAGGGAACAUCGUGCCAUGGCCCAAGAGGCCGGCGCCGCAGAGGUUCCGAAUGAACGAUUGGUUGCCGGAGGAGCUGAAGAUUAAGUCUGAGAAUGAGAGCCGAGGGCUGGAAGAGGAGCUUGCUAAUGACGAGGAGGACGACGAGGAGGACGACGCGCAGGCAUUGCGGGAACAGUACAAGGCUGCGGAGAAGAAGAUUAUGUUCGACAGGAGGCAGCACAACGAACGGCUCCAGUAUAUCGCGCGAGAGCACCCAAUGGAGGUAGCAAGGCUGCUGGCCCAACGGCACCGCAGCGUCUACAUGCCCGACAACCAUCGCCUUCAGUGA